AUGAAAUCCAACCAAGAACGGAGCAACGAAUGCCUGCCUCCCAAGAAACGUGAGAUCCCUGCCACCAGCCGGCCCUCUGAGGAGAAGGCCCCAGCUCUGCCCAACGACAACCACCGGGCAGAGGGCUUGGCAUGGCUCUCCAGCCAUCCAGGGGGCCAAGGCCAUGGGGGCAGCAGACAUGGGCCAGUGGGGACUUCAGGGGAACUCAGUUUACAGCAGGGAAUAGGUUUACACAAAUCGUUGUCCACAGGCUUGGACUACUCCCCACCCAGCGCCCCCCGGUCAGUCCCGGCCACCACCACGCUUCCCACAGUGUACCCACCCCCGCCGUCAGGGACACCAGUGUCCCCUGUGCAGUACGCCCACCUGCCCCACACCUUCCAGUUCAUCGGGUCCUCGCAAUACAGCGGACCUUACACCGGCUUCAUCCCCUCCCAGUUGAUCUCCCCAACAGCCAAUCCCGCCACCAGUGCAGUGGCUUCAGCCGCCAUGGCCACCACUCCGUCCCAGCGCUCCCAGCUAGAGGCCUAUUCCACGCUGCUGGCCAACAUGGGCAGUCUGAGCCAGGCCUCCGGACACAAGGUUGAGCAGCAGCAGCAGCACUUAAGCAGGACUCCAGGGCUCAUGACCGCGGGGUCCCCUCCACCCACCCAGCAGAACCAAUAUGUCCACAUUUCCAGCUCCCCACAGAGCUCGGGGCGCACAGCCUCUCCGCCAGCCCUCCCCGUCCACUUACACCCCCAUCAGACGAUGAUCCCACACACUCUUACCCUGGGGCCCUCCUCCCAGGUGGUUGUGCAGUACACGGACUCUGGCAGCCACUUCGUUUCUCGUGAGUCUACCAAGAAGGCCGAGAGCAGCCGGCUGCAGCAGGCCUUACAGGCCAAGGAGAUCCUCAAUGGGGAGAUGGAGAAGAGCCGGAGGUAUGGGGUCCCCUCCUCAGCAGACCUGGGCCUGGUGAAGCCGGGUGGGAAGGCAGCGGCCCACCCCUAUGAGUCCAGGCACAUGGUGGUCCACCCGAGCCCUACUGAUUACAGCACUCGAGAUGUUUCUGGGGUCCGGGCCUCUGUGAUGGUCCUGCCCAAUAGCAACACACCUGCCACAGACCUGGAGGUGCAGCAGGUCACCCAUCGAGAGGCAUCCCCCUCCACCCUCAAUGACAAGAGUGGCCUGCACUUAGGGAAGGCCGGCCACAGGUCCUACGCACUAUCCCCACAGCAGGCACUAGGCCCUGAAGGUGUGAAGGCUGCUGUCACCACACUGUCCCCCCACACAGUCAUCCAGACGACACACAAUGCCUCAGAGCCACUCCCCGUCGGGCUGCCGGCCACAGCCUUCUAUGCAGGGACCCAGCCCCCUGUCAUCGGCUACCUGAGCAGCCAGCAGCAAGCAAUCACCUAUGCCGGCAGCCUGCCCCAGCACCUGGUGAUCCCUGGCACCCAGCCCCUGCUCAUCCCAGUUGGCAACACGGACAUGGAAGCAUCGGGGGCUGCCUCUGCCAUUGUCACAUCGUCACCCCAGUUUGCUGCAGUGCCUCACACCUUCGUCACGACCGCCAUUCCGAAGAGUGAGAACUUCAGCCCGGAGGCCCUGGCCGCACCAGCCGCCUACCCGGCCAUGGUGCAGGCCCAGAUCCACCUGCCUGUGGUGCAGUCUGUCGCCUCUCCCUCGACGGCGCCCCCGACACUGCCUCCCUACUUCAUGAAAGGCUCCAUUAUCCAGCUGGCCAACGGGGAGCUGAAGAAGGUGGAGGACUUGAAAACGGAAGACUUCAUCCAGAGCGCUGAGAUAAGCAACGACCUGAAAAUUGACUCCAGCACGGUGGAAAGGAUCGAAGACAGCCACAGCCCAGGCGUUGCUGUGAUACAGUUUGCUGUCGGGGAGCACCGAGCACAGGUCAGCGUUGAAGUCUUGGUAGAGUAUCCUUUUUUUGUGUUUGGACAGGGCUGGUCAUCUUGCUGUCCAGAGAGAACCAGCCAGCUCUUUGAUUUGCCGUGUUCCAGACUCUCCGUUGGGGAUGUCUGCAUCUCCCUUACCCUCAAGAACCUGAAGAAUGGUUCUGUCAAAAAGGGCCAGUCCGUGGAUCCCGCCAGCGUCCUGCUGAGACACUCAAAGACCGACAGCCUCAUGGGCAUAAGACACAGGUAUGCAGAGCAGGAAAACGGAAUCAAUCCGGGAAGUGCCCAGAUGCUCUCUGAGAAUGGAGAACUCAAGUUUCCAGAAAAAAUAGGAUUGCCUGCAGCGCCCUUGCUCACCAAAAUAGAACCCAGCAAGCCCACAGCAACGAGGAAGAGGAGGUGGUCCGCACCGGAGACCCGCAAACUGGAGAAGUCAGAUGACGAGCCACCUUUGACUCUUCCUAAGCCUUCUCUAAUUCCUCAGGAGGUUAAGAUUUGCAUUGAAGGCCGAUCUAACGUAGGCAAGUAA